AUGGAGAGCAUCCGGGUGAGCCUGCAAACUGUACACAAUACCAGCAUUUUAUUCUAAUAUAGCUCGCCUUAUCAGAGAUUCCCUAUAGCUGCUAGGAACAAUUAAUGUGAUUCUGGUCCAUAUGACACCAAGUGGAGUUAUUGGUUUCAGGGGGUCAGCGAGGAUCACAACAAAAAUCUGCAAAAUAAAUAUAUAUAUAUUUAAAUCAGGAGCACAGUGACUUCAAUGCUGUAUGCUAUGUUAACUCUUAUCAGGACCUGGGUUAGCCGUGAAGGAGUUAACAUGAUAUCUGGUCACAGUGUAAUAUUGCUUGGAAACAACAACAACAACCAAAGCUUCUCUGUGUUUACUGAACGCUCUGGCAUUUCUAUAUGCUAAUCAUGAGGUGCUUAUUCCACUUUUUGAUGGAGAGAACUGUAUUCAUACUGUUUGCAGAAUUCUAGAAUUUAGAAUGUUGAGUGAUCCAUGGUUUGGGAAACUAUGUAACUUGUAGUCGAAAACUGAUUUGUAAAUUUCAGGGGGAAAGUGUUGGUUUGGAAAGUUGUCCAAUUUAGCAGUUGUGACAGUUUUGCAUAUUGAAUGCCAUUUAAGAUUUGUGGGUUUUUCACCACAACCCGAUAUUUAGUGAAUAAUCCAUUAUUGAAAGUAACACAAAAUCCCCCUGAAUGCACACAUCUGGAGGACCAGUGAUAUAUUGAUGGUUUUAGCUGCCCAAGCCAAGUUUGUGCACCCUCCCCACUUUUAUCACACAAUAGUCCCUAAUAGAGGGAUACAUUUGACAAGUCUCACUGUGUCUAACUUUCUACACUUAGUCUGUAAAGACCACUACUUAUACUGCACUGCUAAGCGAUUCUAUUGCUAAGCAUACACUUUUGACUAUUAACCCUUCAAUUACUACACAGCAAGCCUAUCCAAUAUAUCAGUUGGAUUAUACUGAUAUACAUUUUAGAUUUAAUAUAAAUGUUUUUUAUUCCUUUGGAAAUCCCUAAAACCAAGAGAUGACUAAUCCUUUCACAUUUUGGUUUUUAACAUUAUUCUUUUAGCAAGAUUUUGGAGACCAAUAAAUGUCCCGACUUAAACGGAUCUCAUUGCCCAGGUUACUCUGACAGGGGAGAUGGUGUCUCAGAACGGUACCAUUGGGACAGUGUGGAUUUCCUGGGAUCUCUGAAGGACAUUCAAAGAGACUCUCGCACACAUACAAGUAGCUGAGACAAUUUAUUCAUUUAAAUGAGAAGUUGGAGAUCUCUUUCAGAAUAAGUUUGACACUUGCAUGGCCGUUGAUAAUAUUUUCGGUUACCUACAAUUGCAGCAACUUUGUAUCGGAGAGCGGAACAAGUGUGCUCAUUUCCCUGUUGCCCCUUCCCUACCCUUCUCACAUUUGUUUUAAUUGUUGUUGAUAACAUUUCUCUAAGUGUUGGAAACCUUUUAUGAUUGUAUAUUAUAUGAUGUAGAAUGCAUAUUUCACUUUGUAUGCUAAAACUUUAAAGGAGCAGUUUUCGCACACUAACAACAUAAUCCAAAUGAAGUUGUUAUGGUGCCAGCAAGUCCCUGGCUUACCUUUAUGCGUUAAACUGUUCAUGAACGGUAUAAUCCCUAAUUAUGUGGUCCAACACCUUUCCUCUUUGCCCCCUGUCCUUCCACUUUCAGAAGGCUCGGAGAGGGGUGCUACUGUUUGGCUUAGAGCAGUCAGCUGAUGUUUUAAGGCAAUCAGUAGCUCCCCAAUCAUAAAACAGUUGGAAAAAGGUACCUUUUACAGAGUGCAUUAGCAGGUAGCAGAGGUACCACUCAGCUGUGCAAAGGUUAACAGGUGCCUUUCUCACAAGCAGCCAACUGAUAAUAUAAUAGUUCUAAAUGAAUAAAUAUAUGUAAAUAGUGCCUGGACAUGCACCCUCCUUCAGUUCUAGUCAACCCAAUAUCCGAUACCUAAAAUGGGAAGUGCCAGCCUGGCUAGUAUGCUCUCCAGGCUAACUGACAGCCAUGCUGACUAGCCCUCUUUAGGAUGGUCUAUACGUAGAGUGUUUCCGAAGAAUGUUUUAUGGCAACGCAAAUGCAUUUAAUGACCUGUUUGGGCUGUGCUUCUGGAGGACUUUUCUUUGGUGUCUCUGGAAACAGACGACCAACCGAGAACUUCCAUAAUUUUUUACUAGUAGUAAUAUUAUUUAUAAACCGUCAACAUAUUCCGCAGCACUUUACAAUUUCAAAUGUAAGGCCAAAAUAGACACCUGGAAAAAGUCUCCAAGUUGGCUAUGCUUCAGUUUCAGCUACUGUGGCUUUAAAUUUGAAAUUCAAUUUCAAUUCCUGAAAAUUCUCACUUUAGCAAAUAACUGUGUCAUCGGCAUUAAAGUUGGUACACCGAUGGCAAAGCUAUCAAUCAGGUUCUCAUUGCUAGGGGGACAUAAACACUAGUGAUGUCCCGAACGGUUCGCCGCGGACGGCGAACAUAUGCGGUAAACUUUGACCCUGUACUUCACAGUCAGCAGACACAUUCCAGCCAAUCAGCAGACCCUCCUACCUCCUGGACAGCAUCCAUUUUACAUUCAUUGUGAAGCCGCAUUCUUAGUGAGCUGUCCAGGAGGUGGGAGGAUCUGGGAGUGAGGGUCUGCUGCUGAUUGGCUGGAAUGUGUCUGCUGACUGUGAGGUACAGGGUCAAAGUUUACCGCAUAUGUUCGCCGUCCGUGGCGAACCGUUCUGGACAUCACUAAUAAACACUUACUUAAGUGAGUAAAACCCCUUGUCUUUUCCCAAUUUAUUUUAUCUGGUGUAGUAUGUUUAAUGCUAAAUGUAUUCAAUUAACACCUACUACCAUAUCUACAACUUGUUAAAAGCUAUGUGAAGGCCAGGAAUGGCAGACAACUUGGCCGGUUACUACAGGUAUCACUAUAAACCGCAAGCAUGUUCUCAUGGCUAUUCUGUAAAAUUUUGUUGGUGAAUAUGUCUGGCACAGUAAGAGUUACACAACCAUUGUUGUGCUUGGGAUUUAGUCACACGCUGUUGUAUAAAUGCUCUGACCUAUGCACAAAGGACAGAAGGUCCUAACCCUUGUAAUCCGAGAGUUUAUCUUGAGGGAUAUUUCUGUGGGAGAUUUAAGAGGAUAUGGUUUAGCAGUGUUGUGUAAAGGAACUGUCCUUCAUCCUACAUGGAUACUGACUUUUGAUGAAGAGAAAGAAGCGAAUGGUAAGUUUUUCAGUAAUAGAACCCUCGAUAUUUACAAUAGAUAAAUUAUCGAUUAUCUUUCAGACAGUGAGUAAUGAAACAGGUUUAUAAACCUAAUAUUGACUAGAGGAGGUGUGGCCGAGCAGUUUCUCCCAAACGGUUGUAGAAUGACUACUCCCAUGAUGCUUUGCCAGCCUUGAAGAGUUGUCGCCCUGCAACAGUUUGCGGGCUACAAUUGUCAAAAAUCUACUGAAAAGAGAAGUGUACUAUAUCAUAGUGUUUACUCUUGUCUCUUGCAUUUAUUAUCUUUAUUUUGCAAAAGGACAGAAAGAGCAUGUGGGUGUUUUAUUUACUGUUACUAGGGCCUGGAGAAAUGUCAUAUAUUAUAUUAUGUCAAGAAUCUCCAAUAACUGCUCUAUUGACUUUUUUUAUGUUGGGGGUACCUCAGAAACACAUAUUUAUGGGGACAUUCUUACAGCAUUCAUCACUAAACUCCAUAAUGUGGCAAAUUAUGAUCUGAAUGUAGGAUGAAUUAGCCAAGCUGUGACUAUAGUUGAGUUGACGUUUAUUAAAAAAAAAAGUAUUUAUUUUUUAACUUUUUUUUUUUUUUUUUUUACAGACCAAUUAUUUUUGCCUAAAUUUUGCCUUCCGGUUUUAAUUUGCUACAUUUUGCAAUUAACAGUGUUAUUCUUUGAAGUGAAAAUGUUGGGAAUUAAAUGUAAGACCAAAAUGGAAGUUUUAAAAUUCUAAUUCACUUUUUGAGUUCCCAAAAAAUCACGGUUUAGUAAAUAACACGGUUAGUGAAUAAUUCUGAUGUAGUAUUGAGGAGGAAGUUCCCGAUACACCAGUGAUCAUAAUAUGAAUGGAAUUAUACGUUGCUGCAAUCAAUGGAGCUAAAUCAAUCUGACUGAGGGGGUUGUUAUCGCUAACAUGUCCCCCACAUUCUUUCUGUUUAUCCUGUUGCAUACUCUUUGAGGAUGAAUGGUCUAUCUCUGUCCAUAUUUACACCAUCUUAAAUGUAAUGUAUGGUCUGCCAGAAUGAUGGUGUGUAUGUUAAAGGAAUGGUAAAAUAAAAAAAUAAAAAAUAUAUUUUUUAUUGCCUUUUUGCAAUAAUCUUUCCAUGAUAUUCCCUUGUGCAUAGCAUCUCUAUUUACAUGUGACGAAAGACAAUUACUUGAUACUUUUUUUUUUCGUUAAGUGUAUUAAUAUUAAUUAUGUUAUUUUUAUGCACAUCAUACAAUGUUAAUUAAAGAAUAAGUGAUUAGCCUAAUCUUUCUACCGAGCCUAUUGAUCUUUCGUGGCGUGUUUAAUCUGCACUGCGAGUCAUGACAAAUGCUGUUAAACAGAUUAAGAGGGUUUUCCAAUCAAUAGUGAAUUGAAAAACUAAUUUGCAUAGUUUGGGCCACAAUUGCCAGUUUGGAUAUUUUUUCAGAUAUAAUUUUUUCUGUACGUAAUGAAUAUUUAUUCUAGUGAUAUUUAAUCCUUUUUUUUUUUGUUUCUUUAUUUUUUCCCGUCUUCACUCUCGCAGUCAGCACCACGCGUGCUUCCUCCCAUGCCAAGGUAUGUCUCUAUGUUGGCUGUACCAAAUAUCAUUUUAUUUUAUGUCAGGGAAGCUGUGAGCAUCAGUCUCUGCAGGGCCUGAUUAAGACCCCAUUGGACCUGGGACUGACCAUUACGAUUUGCCUAAUUACAGAAUUUUAUCGACCGAAAAAAAACACUAAAACAGUCAUACCUCCUAAGUGUCAUAUACCUGCUGGAGGGAAACUCCCAGGAUGCAUGCUUUAGAAUACACAUACACUAUGCUAAUCUCUCAACCAAAUCCAUAGCCCCAACAUCGGACUUCUGUGAAGUAGGAUGUUGGUGGGCGGGUUAAAAGGAUGUGGGUUAGUGAUGUGAAUCGCGUCACUGGCUCUGCCCAGAGAUACAGGCUCCUCAGAAAGGGUGCAAGAGUGGGUGAAGAAUUGUAAGUUCAUCCUAGUGUGAAUGCAUGCCAGGGUGCUUGCCAAUCACGCAGGCUGGCCAACUAAGGACUGGCCAUGCAGACAGAGCUGUUUCAGUGCCCAAAGAUUUCUAAUGAAGCACUCGCUAAACGCUUUCUGGGGACAGUUCCAUUGUGUCUCCCAGCACUCACUUGUUUAGUCCACCCCAUCCCUUCUUACUAGCAGGCAGUGGGCCUAUUCUAUGGGCAUGGGCCUGUAGCUACAGCUCAAGUAGCCCCUAUAUUAAUCCAGCCCUGAGUCUCUGGCAUUCUUGCUGUUAACUUCACUGUGAAUAAAUAUAUAUAUAUUGGCAUAUUAGCCAGCAUUUGACUGGAUAAACAUGUUUGAAAGUUCUAGUUUAUAAAAAAAAAUAAUAAUAAUUUUUAUAUAGGUUAAUCAUUAAAUUGUUUAGAGGUAACACGAACAUGUGGAAAUGUAUAAUAUAUUUUCUACAAAAUGGUCCUUUUAAUUUUGGAGCACACAUGAAUUUAAAACUAAAUUGUUACAAAUGUGCAAAAAUGCCACUUAACGAUAACAAUACUAUACAUACUGCUAGCAAAUGUGUACAUGGAAUUUUACUUUUUUGUUGAAUAUUUUGGUGGUGUAUGCUACAACCAUUUUGCUAGUGAUGGCUAUUACCAUAUCUGUGAGCUGCACAAUGUCUCAGUAAUAUCUAUCAGAACUAAUCUGAAUUCACAAUUUUCACAUUGCUUUUUCAUUUAUUUUUUUCAUGUUUGCAUUGUACCCCUUCUGUGAUUAAAGUACACCUCAGGGUAAGUAUAUAGUGUAUGAAAUUACGUUAUUUAAAUAGAUGUUGUGUUUAUAACAGCUUGUCCUCCUCCUCUCUCCCCUUCCCCCCGCCCCCUUUACAUUUUGUGGCCUUUUCAUUUAUUGUAACUAUAUUUUACUUUAAAGAUGAAAUUCCACUUGGUCGGCCUAAGAAGAAAAAACCUAAAGCAAGCAACACAUCAGGUAAAUAUCUCUCGUUUUAUUUUAAAUUUGCAGAUAACUGUUUCUAAUUAUGUAUUAAAAACCAUGUCCCUGUGCAAUAUGAGCAAACCCUGUUACAAGUAUAGCAUGGUUUAACCCAAGUCUCGUACAAAAUUAGGACAUUCAAGUACAGGGCUGCUUGAAGGUGAUGGGACCACAGAAAAAUCAAAUGUUAAACCGUUGUUGCCAGGGGGCUAACUGUUUGCGUAGAAUCAGAGUAGACUUCUUCUCCGGUAGCAGCAUGUGGGCUGAGAGAGAGAGAGAGAGAGAUCAGUGGCCAUCUUUUCUCAAGAAGAAGAAUAUUGUUUUGAUCAAUGUAAAAAUUAAAGGAACACCCAAAGCAUCAUAACCACUACAUCAAGCAUAGUAAUGAUGUUCGUGUUAGGGGAAAAUAAUAUCAUUGAGUUAUUCUGGCGAUAUUUGUAAACCAUGAACCUAAUGGUCACGUGGUAUUUCCAGAAUGCCUUGAUGACAUUAUUUUUUUGUGUCGGAAUAUUGGCUAUAGUUGAACCACGGAGAUGGCUUAUGUGGGUACCCUAUUAAGUUGGUAGGAACAACACGGAACAUUUUAAUUGUAAGCAGUUGUGGUGCCUAUGGUAGCCAUUGUCUUAAAUUGAGAGUAAAGUGUGUGCAUUUCUUAAUGGAAUUGGUGGUCUAAUUCGUCUACAAAUAGAUGAUCUGUAAAAAUAAACUAAAUCUACAAAUCAAAUACAGUCCAGAAAAUUAUCACUAUUCUAGGUAGUCAGAUCACCUGCCUAAAUUAAAUUAAACUGCAUAUUGGCUGUCAUUAAUGGAGUAACCUUCAGUACAAACUGUACCAAAGAUAUCUGAACAUAUUGAACUUUAAUCACUCACAUGAGGCUCCUGCGGGGUCUAUUAAUAGAGCAGGAUAUCAGAAAUGAUAAAUUAAACAAACUAUGCAAUAAAGAAGGUAUAAACAUUAGAUGACUCUUUACAGGAAAUGUUUAGGAAGGCUGUGUAAGUCAUGUGCAGGGAGGUGUGACUAGAGCUGCACAAACAAAAUGAAUUCACUCCUAAAUGGCAGAGAAUUGAGCAGUGACACUGCAGGGGCAUAAUAUAUAAAAACAAAACUACUCAACUAAGCUAAAGUUGUUUUGAUGACUAUAGUGUUCCAUUAAUAAGGAGAAAAUAUAAAUGGAUAUACUCAUAUAUACAUUUGGUGUCCUUUUGUAAUUUUUGUCUUGGAAAAUAUUCACAAGUAAAUGUUGUGUCUCUGAUUAUGCAUUUUGUGCAGAGGAUAUCUUGCAAGGAACAGCAUUUAGGGCUUCUGAGAGCACAGAACCUCUAACGCCAGAAAAACGAAAGAGGAAAAAAAAGAAGUUGCCCCAAGGUGAGUUAGUACCAAACAGAAAAAUAACGCAAACUAAGCAAUAGGUAGAAUUUUUUUUUUUUUUUUUAAAUAGGUACUGUCAUGUCUAGUGUCUAUGAUUCAUUAUCCAUUGUAAAAAUGUUUUUUAUUAAUUGUCAAAAUAUGGUUAAUUAAUGUGAUGGUAGUAGUGGAUGCAUGGUGAGGGUUAAUUUGGUUACCUUUAACGAAGAACUAUGAGGUGAACAGUGUCUGGGAAGCCAUGGGUUAAAUCUUCUUAGUAUCUGUAAAACAGCCUGCAGUGGUACACCAGGUAAAAGGACACUCUAGACCCUUAAAGCACUUUUAGCUUGCUGAAAUGCUUUAUGUGUGAGGAGUUUGUCCUUUUUAUAAAAUGAGGGGAAGGGGGAUUUCCCCCCCCUUUUUUUUUAUUUUUUUAAUUCUUUAUUUUUGUUGUGCACAAUAGUAACAAGUAGCCCUGGUGCGCCACAACAGCGACGUUGGGAUAGGUUGAAAAACAUUUGCAAUACAGGUUGUGACAUAUGCUAGUCAGGCACAUAUUUUAGGUUAUUAGGAUUAUUAUUUCAACAGUGUAGUUCUCGCUUGUGUAUCUAUAAAACAUCAUUAAAACAAUAUUGAGGCAUCUCUUGGAACAGUGCAAUAAAUGUUGUACCAAAAUACUAAUUCGUGGCUCAGGCUAUUGCGAUUAGACUAUUUUGCUGCUGGGUAUGUGGUAACAUGCUAAUCUGCUGCACCUUAACUACAAGUGGACACAAAGGUGAUUAUGAAUCGCAGAUGAGAGCUUAGACUAUCUGGUCCUAAACUAAACAAAAAAUAACAAGAGGUAGUCUAUGGCAUACUUUACGGCAUCUCUGUGUAGCUAGGCUAUAUGUUUGGCCAGCACUGUCCACUUAAAACAUUUAGUCUAUGCAGUGAUAUUUAUAUUUACGAGGUGUGGGUAGUCCAUAUGUCGAUAGUUGUUGCCGGCUGUGAACGUGCCCUCCAGAUGCAAGUGUGGCAUGUUUACUUGAGAGGCACAGAGGUAGGCUCUUCAGCCGAUGCCCAGUGCAUGGACAUGUCUCUUGUCGUCAGCGUUUGUCUCCUUGAAGGCGUUCCCGAACUGGGGCCCAGCUCCAGUGGUGUUCAGUGGGGUGUUCAGCCGUGCAGCUCCCCGGUUUGCAGCUGUGACUUGGAGGGAUGGAGGUGAGCUUUGCUGGACGCUGGUUCCCGGAGCCGUUGAGUAGCUUAUGUGGGAGGCUGGUUUGGUAGUCUCGUUCUCGCGAGUGUGGGGACCAGUGUGGUCGCUCCUGCAGCAUAGUGGCAUUUUCCACCCGUGGGCUCGUCGGUGUUUGCAGGGUCUGGCUGCCGUUCUGGUUGCUUGUAGUGGAUACCUAUAAUGGCGCCGCCGGGUCACUGGACGGAGCCAUGUGGCCACUAGUUUCACCGCCAGACAGUGAGCCAUUCCACGGUUGCUCAGCAUGGUCCAGAGGCUCACGCAGAAUCGGUCGCAUUCCCCCAGGGGGUUCGAGGUUGGUUGGGCAUGUGUGCUUUGUUUUUGUGGCCUUCGCUGGGUGGCCAUCUUAGCUGCUUCCCAGUGACCCGAUGGGUGCUGGUGCUGUUCCGGCUGUGCUGGACAGUCACUUCUGUAGUUGAUUCGCUGUGUUCCAGGCUUAAGUUGCCGGGAUAUCCCUUUCCGGUGAGACCUCCAGGUAAGUGGUUGUAGUCUAUCGCUUUGUCUGCGUAGGCCUCUAGUAGGCCUCUGGUCGAUCCCCAGUUUGGAGCCUCCGAUUUUGGUCGGGAUGCUUGUUGCUUGGUUCUGCAGUGUUAGGGCUCCCUUCUCCAGGUCACCUAGUUGUCAAUUUGGUGAGUUUGUGCCCUGAUUCUGGCCGUUUGAGAGAGCUUUUGCACGGAGCUCAUCUCCAGUGCGAAACCUCAGCAUGGCAGCUUAAUUCUGCCCCCCGGUGUAUCGGGAAGGGGGAUUUCAAUAGAAAUUAGUAUUUUUCUAAAUUAACCAAUCGGACAACUGGUCCUGUUACUGCUUGGUUUAAUUAGCUCAGUGGAGCUAAUCGUGAAAGGCAGCUAUUGCCCAGAGACUUUUCAAUUACCUAUAAUUGGACACCACAGAAAGUCUGGGUUGAGGAAGAACGGAAAAGUUGUCGAAGUCUUCAGACAAAAGAUCUGCAUAUUAAGUUCUGCUUUUGUCUGUCAUAGAAUCACAUUAUUGAAGAAACUUAUAGAAUAGUACUGUGAUUUCAUGGGCAUUUCUACUGUGUUUUUGCAAAUGUGUGUGUUUUUUUUUUUUUUUUUAAUCUUCCAAUUUUUCAUUUCCCAUGUUUGAGUUCAAUAUAUUGCAUACUAAUGUAGUUUGUGGUCUGUAUGAUCAGGCUAGUUGCAUUCAUAUAAAGUGUUGUAGGUUAAUAGGUUUGCUUCUUCAGAGGUAGGAGGUAAAGCGGAGCAUGUCUCCCUUAGUUCCUUAUUGGGAUAUGUAACAGUGUAAUUGUCAGAGUUAAUAAACCAGAGUAACGGUUUAGAUUACUAGGUAACCUUUGAUUUUAGUGGGUUGGUGGCUGCUGUCUCCAUUAUCACCACCCAGCACAGUUAGCUCGUGCCUGCACUCAGUUUGGCUUCCAUCCCAGAUAAAUCCAUUACAUGCACAGUAUCACUGAUUACCCUGUUACCGCAUUAACAUUAAACAUGCUGCACAGGGGAAAAAUGCACUCAGAGGGCUUAUAGUCUUGUGCAAUAUAUCCUUUAUUUCUGCAAAGGUACAGUCAACGUUUCAGUCCAACUUGGACUUUUUUCAGAGGUUUCAAUGCCCGUCUGUUAUAUAUAUUAUUUUUAAUAGCAACACAAAUGUGCAAUCUGUGUUCUUUGUUUAAGGAAAUGUAAACAUUAUGUGCUUUGUUUCAUCAUCAGAGUCUGAAACUUCAUUCAAUGAGCCAAGUUUUCCCAGAGGAUCUGUAGUACAGAAUGGUAAUGAGUACCAGCCGACAGAGGAGAGCACUGCUCGCAAGCCACGUCGCAGAGCCAAGUGAGUGCUAAAAAAAUAUAGGUUGGUGAGGUCUGAAAAGAAACGCUUACUUUUCAAGUCAUGUAGAACCAUUUGAGUACCUUAGAUAUUGGAGAAUUUGUUCUGCACAAAAGGGCAGCCAGAGCAAUUAAAAAGACUACAUCAUCUUAAAAACUGUCUUUCCCAGCUUGUCUCCCAUUCCCAUUCUAAGAUAAGGUAGACACUGUAUGUUUCCCAUAACCCCUGUGUAGCUUUUUCUUGUUAAAGCAAAUGGGAAAUUUAACUGUAGUUUAUGGGAUACCUACAGAAGUGCUUGCAUGCAUGCAGCGCACAAAUAUAGACGUUGGUGUUGGAGGAAUCUAAACGCAAUGCAAGUAGCUGGUAGCUCUCUGUGUAUACACAUCCACCACUGUUCUUUCUUUCAAUGCAGACGUUUAUGGCAUACUUGCUUUACUAGAAUAAAUAAAUAGUGUACAAGGAUUGGCCUACAGCCAAUAGUAGUAUUUCUGCAAAAGGAACAUUGUGGGUGAGAAUUACCUCUAAUAUUUAAAAGGGGAAAAUGUUAUUUAAUCCACUCUGAAUUGUUCCUGUAACUUGGUUGCAUGUGAUAGAUCUUCAUUUACUAUAUGUACAUUAUGUUUGUAUUAAAUAAACAGUGCAUACUCCAAUAUAUCCUGCUUUUAGAUUGUGCUUAUUAUGUUGGUACACAUGUUACACAAACUGACUAUCCCAACCUUGCAUUGAACAAGGAAAUGUCUCUAUGCAGUUUAGUUAUCGCAGAGUUGAAUAUGAGCCUGUUUUUAGUAGUAGGGAUAGAACAAUGAUCGGUCUGGCCGAUAUUCUGGAUUUUGGCAAAUGUGAGAGGCGGUGGUGGCCAAGCGCAUGCAGGGCCGGUGCGUCCAUAAGGCGGCCGUCUUGGGGCACACUGCCUCGGGGGACGCAUGAAUUGAGUGACCCACAGGAAGGAGGUACACAGCGCUCCCCCUACCAGUCUCAAAGUGUAGUGUGGUUGAGCGGAGCAGAGAGGACCGGAAGUGCUCACUGAGAGAGCACUUCCUGUUAGUCCUGCCGGGUACAGGAAACAGAAACACCUGUACCGCGGUCCACUGCGCUCGGUCAUGCUAAAAGAGAGGUAAUGAGGCACACCAGGGAGGGGAGAGGACCACUAAGGUGGACACACACACACCUUAAAGGACAGGAGGGAGAGGACCACUAUGGAACAGGGAAGGGAGAGGAACACUAAGGGACAGGGAGAGGAGGUGAGGGCAGAGGAACACUAAGGGACAUGGAAGGGAGGGGAGAGGUACACGAAGGGAGGGGAGGGGAAAGGGAGAGGAAUACUAAAUAUUCUUGAAACAAAAAAAUCUGACUGGCAUGUAUUAUUUUGUGCAUUUACCACUUAAUAAAAAAAAAUGUGCAGAAUUUUUUUUUUAAUAAACCUGUUCAGUUAACUGUAGAUUUGUGUAGAAAUGGUUUCUCUUUUCAAAACGGUAAAUGUACAUAAUAUUGUUAUCGGCUGUCGGUCUGAAAAUUUGCAAAUUAUCGGUAUAUGCUCUAAAAAAUCAAUAUCGGUCGAUCCCUACUUGGUAGAUAUAGUCUUGACUUUGUUUUUGGAUACAAUGAUUUGUAGGUGGUGUGGAAAAAUCAGAUAUUUAUGAAACCGCUGGGUAUGUUUCCAAGACAAGUAUUCCAUUAGUAGAAUUCCUUUAAUUUUACAUGUACAAAAAUCUGUGAUUUAUAAUUUACCUUAAAUAGGCUCUCUAAGCCACACAAUCACCAUUACCAUGGGUUAUUGCAGUAGUUAUAUUGCUAUAGACUUAUGAUCUGUUGGUUACGGUUGGUGCCCCCACCCCUCUCCCACCCAAAACAUUUUUAAAAAAAGAAUUUGGAGCAAAAAUAAAUAAAUAAAUGAUACAUGUGUAGCAUUAUAAUUCAAUUUUACAUGGUAAAAUUAUCAUUUUAUAAUUUUUUACCGGGAAGAUAAAAACUGUCAAUAGAGCAAAACAGGAUAUCUAAACAAGUGGUAAAAGGUUUAAUGAAAUAGAAUAUUGUUCUUUAAAGCUGUGAAAAUCUUUACUGUAGGACAAGCGAAUAGUCAAGAAAAUAUACGGAGACCUAAAAAAUUGAAAGCCUAUGUUCUAUUUAUCACAUGGUAGACACAACCACCUUUCUAGUAUGGUAAAAUUCAUUGUGUUUUGGUGCAGUGACCAUUAUCCUCUUCUACAGAAAAACUCGUCCCCCUGAGGAAUAUCCCAACGAACUUGGUGUCGAAGAAGAAGAUAUCAUUCCUGAUGGGCAGAUUCAGACACCAGAGCCACAUCCUGUAUAUAUAUCACCAUCCUUGGCCAGCCAGCCUGUGGGCAAACUGUUUGUAGAGAAGAAUCGUAAGUUUGUAGAAUUCCAUAGAUGAGGAAUUGUAGAUUUCAGCACUUUAUCCUGCAAUAAAAUUUCUGAGCAAAUCACUGUUUAAUUCUUAUUCCUUGUUGGGUUUUUUAUUUUUUUAUUUAUUUUUUUAUUUUAUAUAUGUACAUUUUUGUUACAGCAUUGCUACUUUUCUGCAACAUUCCUUUACAUUCACAUUGUUACCUGUUGAUUUCAGCAGGGUUUGUGGGACAGUGUCUCGAUGUAUUUUUCUCAACCUAGUGUUCUCAUUGCUAAUUUAGGGAGGUUUCAAGCAGCCAGUCGAUCCAGCAUCAUUAAAACUGCCGACAAAGUGGAUGUUUUCAUGGAUGUUAAACCAACUUGGACCAGUAUGGAUGUCUCUCUUUCAGUACACCGAGUCUUCAGGUAUAUGUGAACACAUUCGGUUUGGUUUCUAUUAGCAGAAUAAUAAGCAAUGUGUCUAACCUCGAGCCUGAUUUGCAGGGUGAUCGGGCUGUUUAGCAGCGGAUUUCUCGCGGGUUACACCGUGUGGAAUAUCGUUGUGAUCUAUGUGCUUUCGGGUACCCAGCUUUCCUCGCCUUCUAACUUGCUCCAGGUUUACAAAGGACUGGCAUAUCCAUCCCAGUGCUUCUUAUAUUUCCUGUUGGCUCUCAGCACCAUCUCAGCCUUCGACAGGUUGUUUACUUUAUCAGUAAGCCUUUGUUCUUUUAUAUAUUUACUUCUAAUGUUUUUAUUUUGGUCAGCUAAUAUUAUUGUACUUUUAUCAUUCUAGGAUUGAUCUGGCAAGCGCCUCAGCUGCACUGCACCGAUUUCUUACACUAGAUCAGUCUGCUGUGGCUUCCUUCUGUAAGUGCUCUGCUUCUAAGUCAUCCCCAAAUUAUUGAUUUAUCUAUAUAUUAUUUUAAUUUUAAAGGCAAAUCUGUGACUAUGAAAUAAUUGUAAUAUGUUAUUGAUGUAUGCCUUUUAUGCAUGGUCUUAUUUAAGACCGAUUAUUUAGCAUUUGUGAUAUUUGCAUUUUCGUUUAAUUCUCUUAUCUCAAGUCCAAUUUGGAGAGAUUAGUUUUUUGUAUAACAUUCUGCUACAGUUCCACAAUUUUCUACAAUCUACAAGAUCCAGUGCAUGCACUCACUCACUAAAGACCAACUUCAAAGUUCAGAAAACGCCUAACAAAAUAAAAAAAUAAAAUAAAUAACCAGGAUCUAAUUAUCAUUUAUAAUUAAUAAAUGAUCAUACCUUGUGGCAGGCUUAUAACAGCAGGUAUUAGUGUGCUAGCAUAGGAUCUUCCAAAAAUGGGGUACGUUGACGUACAUAACAUGUAUGAUCAUGUACAGUAACUAAACCCCCAUUAUUUUCAUUUAAAAAAAUAAUAAUUUGUUUAAAAAGUUUGUUUUAACUACAUUUUAUGAGCUUUAUUGGGGUUGAGAGAGAGAAUUUUAUUUAUUUAUUUUAUUAAACUUAUUGUAGUUUUAGUGCUGUCUUCCAGUUUUCUGUCAUACUCCUUUUGGGAACAGUUUGACAAAAAAACGAUCUCUCCUAAGCACCCAUAGUGCUCCCCCUCUGCAGUUAUGUGGAACACACACAAUUACAAAAAAAGAAUUGCAUAAAGUUUGGGGUAAUGCCUCUCAAAGAGUCCGACAAAGAGCUAUAGUCAGGGCCAGAUUAAGAGCCCAGUGGGCCUGGUGCUGACAGUUAUGAUGGGGCCUAAUUACAGAAUCUUCUCGACCAAAAACACUAAAACAGUCAUACCUCCCAAGCGUCAUGUAUCUGAUGGAGAUGGUGUUGGAGGGAAACUCGAAGGAUGCAGCUAUAAGAAAAUGCUGUAUGCUAAUCUCUUUAUCUAAUUUAUGCUUUCAUCUUUCAAGUAAAUCCAUACCCUCUAACAGCAGUGUCCAGUGAAGCAGGAAGUCAAUGGGCGGGGUAAAAGGGUGGGUCACUGACGUGAAUCACGUGACCAGAACUGCCAAAAGGGGCGAACAUGCCAAAAAAGGGGGCAUGUCUGUCCAAAGAAUUGGAAGGCCAGCCUAGCAUCAGUGUCCCCUAGUCUCCCAGUGUCUGUGUCCUCAUUUGUCCCCAUGUCUCAAUGUUUCCCUUGUCACUAGGAUACUAGGGGACACUGAGAGACAUGUGACCAUAGUGGGACACCAGGGGACACUGAGACACUUGGGGACACCGGGAGACAUAGGGGCACUUGUGGAUACAGACAUGGGGACACUGGGAGACAUGGGGACACAGACACUGGGAGACUAGGGGACACUGGGAGACAUGGGGACACUGAGAAACUAGGGACACUGGCUGGGAGGCAUGGGGACACAGACACUUGGGGACACUGGGAGACAUGGGGACACUGAAAAAUGUGGGAGCACUGGGAGACUGAGACACUAGGGACACUGGCUGGGAGAUAUGGGGAUACUGAGACAAUAGGGACACUGGCUGGGAGACAUGUGGACACUGGGAGACAUAUUUGGGGACACUGGGAGACAUGGGGACAAUGAGACUCUAGGGAUACUGAGAGACAUGGGUACAUAGACACUGGGAGACUAGGGGGCAGUGGGAGCCGUGGGGACACUGAGACACUAGGGACAUUGGCUGGGAGACAUGGGGACACUGGGAGACAUGGAGAUACUGUGUCCCUAGUGUCUCCGUGUCCCAAUGUUACUCCAACCACUGUGUCUCACAGUGUCCCCAAGUGUCUGUGCCCCCUAGUGUCUCAGUGUCCCUAUGUUGCCCUGCUGCCUCCCCACCCCCAUCCUUCAUUUCCCAGCCUUUCCCCACAUCUUUCACUGGGAGACAUGGGGACACUGAGACACUAGGGACACUGGCUGGGAGACAGAUAUUUGUGGACACUGGGAGACAUGGGGACACAGACACUGGGAGACUAGGGGACCCUGGGAGCCAUGGGGACACUGAGACACUAGGGACAUAGGCUGGGAGACAUGGGGACACUGGGAGACAUUGUGUCCCUAGUGUCUACAUGCCCCAAUGUGUCUCCCAAUUUCCCUAUGUUUACAGUGUCCUCUAGUUUCCCUGCUGCCUCCCCCCUCCCCCCAUCCUUCACUUCCCUAAACUGUAGUUUGUCUGCAGACUGGGAGCUGCUGUCUGAACUCUCUGUGCUGUGUAGUUGCUCCCCCCGUGGAUCAGUGAGUAGAGAGAGGCAGGGAAGAAUAUGCUGUAACUUCCUAUCCCUGCCUCUCUCCACACACAGUGACUCCUACUGGCUGGUGCUGGUAUUGCAGAGUAAUCUCCAUUUAUACUGAGAAAAAUAUCUGCAUUUGUAUUGCCAGUAUGACUGCAAUAUUGGCACCAGCCAGGCAGCCUCAAAUACUGGCUCUGCUGGUAAAAUACCAGUCAGGUGGCAAACCCAAGAGUAGUGUGUAAAAAAUAAAUAAAUAAAUAAAUAAAUAAAAUAUGUUUUUAAUGGGCCUGGGCCUGGGCCUGGAGCUGCAGCUCCAUCAGCCCCUAUGUUAAUCUGACCCUGGCUGUAGUGAUUAUGGUCCUUGCUAUGCCCCUUUAAUAAAUGCUUCCUGAAUGACCUGUGAUUUGUGGCAAUAGUUCAUAUUUAUUUAUUUUAAAUCUUUUAGUGUAUUUUGCUGCAAUAAUCCUGGCCCUAAGUCAACAGAUGACAAGUGAUCGGAUUAACUUUUACACACCACCAACCGAGAAUGGCAGCUUAUGGUAAGAAUUUUACAAUGGCCUAAAGACGUUUCCAUAAAUAUGUUUCCUACAAACUGCAAUGGCCGAGGUUCUCUGCACCUUUACUUUAGAAAAUAAGUCUACAGUUCUAUAUUACAGAACCUUGCGCAAAUAAUAAAGAAGUUUACUGCCUGAACAGUGAGUUGUUGUCCCUUGAAAAUCAGCUUUCAAAAUUAAGGCUAAAUGGCUACAAAUUCCCAUUUUUGUUGAUUUUUUUUCUUGGGAGAUUGUAUAACAUUCUGCCAUUUUAGCUUAACAUUUUUUAGUUGCUUCUCAGGUAUUCGGAGUGUAAUAUUCAGCCAUAUUGAUUUCAGGUUCCACAUUGGCAGUAUCAGCCACUACAAAAAUAAUGUGCAGAUACAUUAACCUCGGACUAACCUUUUAAAUUGGUGAUAAACAUUCAAACAAACAAAGUGUGUUAAGAACCAGUUGGUGAAUCAAAGCUUGCUAUAUACAAGGAUUUGCUUUUGCCCAUUUUUAAACUCCUAUUUUAUUCUUGAAAAGGAAAAAAAUAUAUAUAAAAAAAGAUUAUUCAUCUCUAGAUUACUUGAAAUGUAGCUGUCACAGAUAUAUUAUAAGCAAAGUGCUGCUAUAAUAAGCAUCCACAAGAGGGAGCUUGUUCAUAUGAGAGCAAAUGCCUUUUAGGCAAAUAGCUGAACUUUUUACUCCAACCAAAACAUGGGUUUUGGCUGGAGUAAACCUUGGAGUCAUGAUACUCCCCCUCACUCCCAUUGAAAUAAAUAAAUAAAAUAUUACCUUUAAAUCCCACACUGCCGGCAAGUUCUUCUGGCAGCCUGAUUUUCAUCUGGUGACCUCACUUCCCCUCUCUUCAGAGGGACGGGCUGAGGGAAGACUUGGAACAUAUCACUAAAUUUCCCACUGUGCUUUAUGGUUGGCUGAGUGUUGUGGACAUUUUAGAUUGAGGACAUCUAAAGUGCCAAGAGCUUCCACCAUGGUCAAAUGGUCAAUGCUCUGCUUCUCUAAGAAGUGUCAAUUCUUCUUUAACCUCGGGUCCUCCUUCCUUCACCCCAUUAAAUGCUAUUGAAUUGUUUUACUUGGGAAAUCAGUGCAGCGGAGGGAAUUAUAAAGCACAUUUACCUCCGCAUUGCUUCCAGAGGCAGAUAACGUGAUUGAUUCAUGAUGUUUGGGUAGUCCAGGUUGUGCUCCAACAUUCCUUCCAAUCAAGUGGUGCUGUGAGGGUGUCACGCACACAUACAUCGCUCAGAUAAAUUAAUACUGUAAUAUGCAGACAACCAAUACUGUCACUCCAGGAAAGCUAGACCAAAGACGGAUAUCUUUCCUCUCUCCCCUUGCAGGACGUUUAUUAGAAUGUCUUUGAAUAUCCAUGGACACUGUCAUAUUAGCACGGCAGGUUUACUUUAAGAAGCCUAUUCAGGAGUAUCAUAACACUUCUUGCUCAAAUAAAGUGCUUAUUUUUUUUUUCACACUGAAGACCGAAGCUCCUCUGUGUUUGUAAUAUAGCCUCAUUAAUAAUGACUGCUGCUGUUUUUUGUUUUUUUUUCUCCUCAGGCAGGCAGAUACUGAAACGCAGAUCCUUCAGCCAUGGAUCGUGGUAAAUCUGGUAGUUGCUCUUUUGGUUGGAUUGGCCUGGCUUUUCCUGUCUUGCCGUCCAGAUCUAGAUCACAGUGAAGGUAUGACAUCACUUGAAAUAUAGUGAGAUUUACUGUAAAGCGCUCUGAUGAACAUGCUAGAAUUUAUCAUAGCUACAGUUGUACAGUCUGCUGCUUCAAGUGAACCUGUUGUAAAAAAAUAAAUGUACCUGAAAUUGCUCUCCUAUACAUUGAAUACAACAUAUAUUAUAAAGUAUUCAGUGUAAAAAUAUAGAGAAUUCUUCACCUUUCCUCCGUUCCAGCUCUGCUUUGUUGACAUUACUCAUGUUACAACCACCCCCAGACUUUCCUCCGUUACCACCUGUUGUAUUCUUUUGUUUGCCCUGCUUGGGGAAGCAAGGAACACCUUCGUUCCUAUAUUCCUUAGCCAGCCCUAGAAAACCAGGCAGGGAGUUUCCAUAGCAACCACAAUGCAUGUGCUGUGGUUGCUAUGCUUAGGAGAGAAGAAAGGCCUCCUGUGGUCAAUGCCUAGGCAUGGACGAUCGGCUGAGAGAAAAGCCCAUUGUUAAAUAGUUUGUUUUUCCCUCUAAAAAUAUAAAUUUUCUAGCACAAUGUAGAUAGGAUUUUAUGCACAAUAUAACGUACCAUAAGCCAUCAAAUGCUUCCGAUACUUGGAAUGCCCCUCUUAAUGUCAGCAAUUGCUACAAAGUAGCCAACAAAAAGCAAUAUGAUAUCCCAACAUUGUACCAGACAUUAGCCAAUCAUUUGCUGUGAAGAAUGUGGUUGGCAGUUUGGGAAUAGUUUUCCUAACUACAUUCAUCAGAGUUUAAAGGGAUUAAGAUCUAAUACAACCAGGCAUGCAUUAUUUCUGAUAUUGAUAAAUAAAAAGCAUGACAGAGUGGACAUUAAAAAUUUAAUGUAUAGCGUUCUACUGUAUUUUCUUUCUUUUUUUUUAUAUAUGUUCUACUAUGCUUUGCUAUACAAAAACCUAUGUAUUGUUUAUUUAUUUCCCCAGAGGCCAUUUUUGUAUUUGAAGAUGAGGAACAGCAAGACAUCGAAAAAGGGAUCAAAAUUCAAGCCUAA